UCAUCAUUCACCAUGUUGGGGAAGAGAUUGUUUUCCACGGCUAGGGUGCUGCAGCAUGAGAAUCCGUUGGGCCUCCCUCGCUCCGGCACUCCGCCCUCAUUCCGCAGUCGUCGCGGACUCCCCGAGAAGCGCAAGAUCCGGGAUGUGAAGAAGGUGAUUGCGGUGUCGUCUGCCAAGGGCGGCGUAGGGAAGUCGACGAUAGCUGUCAACCUCGCCCUCGCCUUCGCCCGUCGCGGCAUCCGCACCGGCAUCCUCGACACGGAUAUCUUCGGUCCUUCGAUCCCAACCCUACUCAAUCUAUCAGGGGAACCAAGACUGGAUGAUAAAAACUGCCUCCUCCCCCUAACCAACUACGGCCUCAAAUCCAUGUCAAUGGGCUACCUCCUCCCCUCCUCCUCCUCUGCACCCCCCUCUGACUCCUCCUCCCCCACCCGCCAACCCAUGGACCCAACCCCCAUCUCCUGGCGCGGCCUCAUGAUCACCAAAGCAAUGCACCAACUCCUCCACAGCGUCUCCUGGGGUCCCCUCGACGUGCUCUUCCUCGAUCUCCCCCCGGGAACCGGCGACGUCCAACUCACCAUCAACCAGGAAGUCAUCGUCGACGGAGCCGUCAUCGUCACCACGCCCCAGGAUAUCGCGCUGCGCGACGCAGUCCGCGGCAUUGGCAUGUUUCAGCGCAUGGAGGUGCCGGUGUUAGGUAUGGUUAGGAAUAUGGCGUAUUUUGCAUGCCCGGGGUGUGGGUUGCAGACGAGGAUUUUUUCGAAUGGGGGGCAUGUGCAGGGGUGUACUGGUAGUGGUGAUGGGGGGUGGGGGGUGGAGGCGGAGUGUCAGAGGCUCGGGGUGGAGUUUUUGGGGGAUGUGCCCCUUGAUGCCAGGGUUUGUGAGGAUGCGGAUCGGGGGGUGCCGACGGUUGUGGCGGAGGAAGGGGGGGAGGAUAUGGGGUUGGGAGUGAGGAGGAAGGCGUUUUUGGAUAUUGCGGAGCAGGUGGCGAGGAAGGUGGGGGUGCAGUGGUGA